AUCCCAUUUUGCACCUUGAGGGGCUUCCCGGGUGAAGACAAGGCCGAGUGAAGUGAACUUCACAGAGGUUUCACCCCCUGCACAUCAUCGAUAAAAAAGUUAGUUUCCACUUUCUGCGUAGGAUGGGGAACGCAAAGAGCAGUGCUUUGUCGAAUAAGCUCCUGGAGGAGCUGAAAUCCAAUACAAAAUACUCAGAGACCGAGCUCUGCACUUGGUACCAGUCCUUCCUGAAGGAGUGUCCUGGCGGAAAGAUUAGCAAGCAGCAGUUUGAAGGCAUCUACGCCAGCUUCUUUCCCGACGCAGACCCCACAGCGUAUGCUCGGCACGUAUUCAGGAGCUUCGACACCAAUGCAGACGGAACUUUGGACUUUAAGGAGUACAUUGUCGCCCUGCACCUGACCUCAGGGGGAAAGACUAUGCAGAAGCUGGAGUGGGCCUUUGCACUGUACGACGUUGAUGGGAAUGGAACCAUCAGCAAAAAUGAAAUCCAAGAGAUUGUUAAGUCAAUAUUCAACAUGAUUCCUGCUGACGACCAGAAGAAUCUCCCUGAGGAUGAAAACACACCAGAGAAGAGGUCUGAGAAAAUCUGGGAAUUUUUUGGGAAGAAAGAGAACGAUAAAAUCUCAGAGGGAGAAUUCAUUCAGGGCGUGAUGGACAACAAGGACAUCUUGCGGUUGAUACAAUAUGAUGAACCUCAAAAAAUUAAAGACAAGCUAAAAGAGAAGAAGCAUUAGUUUGCCUGCAAGAAAGCUCUUUUUCGUGUUUCAAAAACUGUUUUAUUUCUCUGUUUACAUUCUUAUGUGAUAUGAUUGCUUUAACACUCGACCCCUCCAUUUUCUUCUCUGUGCUAUCAGCCAGACAGUGUUGUGUUUUUGUCUGUGUACCAGAAAGCAAUCAGACAUUGUCCUCAAUUAUAGAAACUCUAAGUAGAGGAACUUUAGAAAUCAAUCCCAGCGUUUGAAUGUUGGUUCUUUGUGUAUCUAGUAUUAUUCCUCCCUACAAAGUCAUAAAGCAAUACAUUUUGCAAAAUUGACAACACUUUGAUGUAGUGUUAGCGUACAUUACCAUAAAACUGCAGUUUUAUACUACAUACUUUAUCAUGUUUUUAAACAAUGCAAACAAACUUUUAAGGAGCAACCAAACUGUGGUUACUGCACUCCAACUUAAGCCUCCCUAGCUAAAGAGCCAGCUAAAGCUAAAACCUUUGCCUGUUUCCUGAAAUGAGAAAUAUAAAUUGAUGCUCUAACAUCUUAGUAACUGUAUUAUUAUAACAAAAGAAAUUGAAAAGAACAAUAAAAAGUAAAACUAGAUAAACUAGUUCAAAAAAAGCUAAUUAGCAGCCAACUUUGCAGCCACUGAAAUCAUUUGAUUUCAUGUGGAUACACAAUUAAAUGGCUCUUCUUGUACAAGAUAAUAUUUUGUUUUCAGGUUACUACAUUAUAAUAAAUGUGUAUGUGUCAUAGACAGUCAUUGAUUUUUUUCAAGGCAGAAUAGGCCCAAAUAUCUUUACUUAAUGUCUAUACAAAUUGAAUAGUGCUGAGUCAUGACUCUCCACAAUUUUACUUAGGGCCUGUUCACUCUCGCUAGGCAGCAUUAGGUUGAUAAUAAGAAAGUCAGGCAGGAGAGCUCCUUAUGAAAGGAAUUAGGCUCGGGUUAACAAUCCGCCUGUAUCAGCUAAUCCUUUUAGGAGCUGAAGGUCAGUUGAGACAAACAGCCUCAUCACUCAAAGUGUCUAGUUUGGAAAAUAUCAGCAUUUAUCAGUAUAAAUAAGUUAAAUAGUUUUAUGUUUCCAGUAUCAUUGCCUUUAAAAAAAUAUAUAUUACUGGUUAGUUCUAAAUAUGUUUUGGAAAAUAAACCUGAAAGUGGUAAUUGGUAAGAGAAUGCCAGGUGUUAAAAACAUGUAGUAGUAUGUAGUAGUAGAGUACUCCUCAGGAUGUACUGCUUGAGAUGCAUCUUAUUUUUGAGGGGUUCUAAAUAUGUUAUUACAACACUGUAUAUUUACUUAAAACAUUUGCCUUCACAUAAAUUGAUGAUUCUAAUGUUAGCUGAUAAACAGGUUUGAUAUAUGUAUAUUAUAAAUCAAAAACAGACUUUUGCUUCUGGUGUCGUUUGUAAAGGUGCACUUUUCCAUAUUAGGUGGUGUCUCUCGGGCUUGUUCCAAAUUCAGGCAUCUGCAUCCUUUGGAGGCUGCAUGUAAAUGUCCAGUGUUGAAGAUUUAGGUGAAGGAUCUAUUGACAGAAAUUUUAUAUAAAAUAAUACAAUAGA